GGCGAGCAGACCUCGAGCAGCUACCGCCGCCGCCGCAGCCGUUGCGACGGUCUCAGCCGAGUUCAGAGGGCCAGGAGGUGGGAGACUUCCCACACGGUGGCUGAGAUGUCGUCCUCCGCGGCUUUUUAUCUUCUCUCUACCCUGGGAGGGUACUUGGUCACCUCCUUCUUGUUGCUCAAAUACCCGACCUUGCUGCACCAGAGAAAGAAGCAGCGAUUCCUCAGUAAACACAUCUCUCACCGCGGAGGUGCUGGGGAAAAUUUGGAGAAUACAAUGGCAGCCUUUCAGCAUGCAGUUACAAUUGGAACUGAUAUGUUGGAACUGGACUGCCAUAUCACAAAAGACGAACAAGUUGUAGUGUCACACGAUGAGAAUCUAAAGAGAUCAACUGGGGUCAAUGUAAACAUCUCCGAUCUCAAGUACUGUGAACUCCCACCUUACCUUGGCAAACUGGAUGUCUCAUUUCAAAAAGCAUGCCAAUGCGAAGGAAAAGACAACCGAAUUCCAUUACUGAAGGAAGUUUUUGAGGCCUUUCCUAACACUCCCAUUAACAUCGAUAUCAAAGUCAACAACAAUUUGCUGAUUAAGAAGGUUUCAGAGUUGGUGAAGCAGUACAGACGAGAACACAUAACAGUGUGGGGUAAUGCCAGUUAUGAAAUUGUAGAAAAGUGCUACAAAGAGAAUUCAGAUAUUCCUAUACUCUUCAGUUUACAACGUGUUCUGCUCAUUCUCGGCCUGUUCUUCACUGGCCUCUUGCCCUUUGUGCCCAUCAGAGAACAGUUUUUUGAAAUCCCAAUGCCUUCUAUCAUAUUGAAACUGAAAGAACCACACACGAUGUCCAGAAGUCAAAAGUUUCUCAUCUGGCUUUCUGACAUUUUAUUAAUGAGGAAAGCUUUGUUUGACCAUCUCACUGCCCGAGGCAUUCAGGUGUAUAUUUGGGUAUUAAAUGAAGAACAGGAAUACAAAAGAGCUUUUGAUUUGGGAGCAACCGGGGUGAUGACAGACUAUCCAACAAAGCUUAAGGAUUUUUUACAUAAUGUUUCAGAAUAGAAAAGAAGCUACUCAGAAGCAUUUCAAGAAAAUAUGAAAAGACUAAGAAAAAAAAAAUUUCACUCUUUCCCUAAGCCAUUUCCAGAAUGGUAAAAGGUUUAAUCAGUUAAGUUUUUAUUACCUCAUUUUUAAGCCUGUCUGAGAAUGUAGAAACUAUAUAUUGUAUAUUUAUUUUAAAUAAUAUUGCAUAUUUUACAUUUUCAAAUUGUUUAGAAAGAUAACUGGCUAUGAGAUGUGCGUAGAUUAUUGAUCAAGAUUUCUGUAUGUGAUGCUAUAUUCUACUAUUAUAAGUAAUUCUGAAAUCAAAGACUAUUGGAUAAACUUGACACUAGCCUUCACUGGAAUAAGUCAACUAAGUAGUAAGACAGAAUUACCAAGGCCAUUACAGCUAUCUGAGUUGUCUUGGUAUCUCUAGGUACAUCUUAGUUAAAGGGGAAAUUUCGUACAAUGGAAGGAGAGCUUGGAAAUCAGUGAUGUAACAUCUGACAAGAUGUUUGUUGUUAACAGAAAGUAGACUCAAAGAAAUAAGUGAAAGUUUAUUACGUGAUCAGAAAUAAAAUCUGUAGAUUGAA